AUGCAGCAGCAGGUCCUGUCUGGUUGUGGUGUCUACGAUGGCACAGAAAUCCAUGAGGCUUCAGCCAUACUGGUACACCUUAGUCGCGGGGGAGCUCAGGUUCAGAUGUAUGCUCCAGAUGUUCCUCAGAUGCAUGUCAUUGACCACAGUAAAGGACAACCAACUGAAGCUGAGUCCAGGAAUGUUUUAGUGGAAUCUGCAAGGAUUGCUCGUGGUAAAAUUGCAAGCCUGGCUAAGCUCACUACGGCAGACCAUGAUGCCGUGAUAUUCCCUGGUGGAUUUGGAGCUGCUAAAAACUUAUCUACCUUUGCUGUUGAUGGGAAAGAUUGCAAGGUGAACAGAGAAGUUGAACGUGUCUUGAAAGACUUCCACAAAGCAGGCAAACCUAUUGGUCUUUGCUGCAUUUCACCAGUGUUGGCAGCAAAGGUUCUCUCUGGUGCUGAAGUAACUGUGGGCCAUGAAGAAGAGGAAGGUGGCAAGUGGCCUUAUGCUGGGACUGCAGGAGCCAUUAAAGAACUGGGAGGAAAGCAUUGUGUGAAAGAAGUAACUGAAGCUCAUGUGGAUACAAAAAACAAGGUGGUGACUACCCCAGCAUUUAUGUGUGAAACAGAAUUGCAUAAUAUCUUCGAUGGCAUUGGGGCCAUGGUAAAGAAUGUGCUAAAAUUAACUGGCAAAUAAUAAAAAAAAAAAGAAUCAGAAAUGUUUAAGUUUAGGGUGUAGUAUGAAAUAGAAUAUGGACCAGUGGAAACAUUUUCACCUGCUUGUCCUGUUCACACUCUAGUGAAUGCGGAUACGAUGCUGAUUGAUUCCCAGCUGCAGGUUUUU